ACCACAUAAUUAUAUACUUUCUACUAGAUAUUCAUUAGCAUUAUAAUCCAAAUGGUGUUUGCAAAUAUGGCUGUUAAUCAUCCAGCCAACAAGUUCGCUUUCAUCUUCGUUCUUCUGCUGGCAAUGACUAUAGUUGAUAUGUCUGGAACCUCAAAAUUGCAAGUUAUGGGAUCUUGUUCCGAUGAUUGUUCUUCUCACAGUGACUGCGGUGGCUGGACUCUCUGCCAGUGGUGUUGGGAGCAUGAGGACUUUAAUGGUAAUAGAUACCAUUCAUGCAGCAUGGUGCCAUGAAGAAUAUCACGGAGUUCUAAACAUCGUAGCUGAAAAUGCUUUGGUUAUUAUAUCUGUUUGCUCUCUCUCUCUAUAUGUGUGUGUGAGAGAGAUUUAAGUCGUGUUUGUAUUUCUUUUUUACUUUUAACAAUAAGCUUGUCGUACGUGAAGAAUAUAUCUACUAGCAAAUAUUUGUAUUUCUGAUCAUGUGUUAUUUGGUGCGUGUUUUCCUUUCCACACCAAGCUUUAGUAGUUUGUACUUUGUAUGUCUUUCCUUUCAGACACUGGUGUGCAGAAAAGGAAUAUAAUGAAUGAAGAACUAUUAUUGGCUUGUGGUAAA